CUUCCCAAUUUUCAUGGUUCGAAGGUGCAACUUCAAAGUAAGCUAGGAUUGCUCGUGCAGAUACUGCUGCAUGCCAGCUGCCACGACUCUGAAGUUCACAACGAUGAAGAUCGAAGAUCGUGAGUUAAGCAAUCUCAUAGCAAGGUUAACACUAAAGAUUUUCCCUUUCCUCCAGCCUACAAUAUACCUACUGCAGAGAGUAGGUUUA